AUGUCCGACAUAUAUACUAGAGGGACACGCGUAUGGAUCGCGGACAAGGACUCUGGCUGGAUAUCCGCAGAGGUCCAGUCGUUCACUCGUACCGACGCCAAGAUCAAAAUUACUUUGCAAGAUGAACGGGGAAAAGAACACAAUAUCGAUACGAACGACCAAGAUAUUAAGGAUGCCAAAGAUUAUUUGCCCCCUUUACGAAAUCCUCCUCUGCUCGAGGCCGUCGACGAUCUUGCCACACUCUCUCACUUGAACGAGCCUUCCGUCCUCCAUACAAUUCGGAACCGAUACUCUCAGCAUAGUAUAUAUACCUAUUCAGGCAUCGUGCUCAUUGCUGUCAAUCCUUUCCAACGAGUUGCUCUUUAUGGACCCGAGAUUAUCCAGGCCUACAGCGGUAGGCGAAAAGGCGAACUCGAGCCGCACAUUUUCGCCAUCGCCGAGGACGCCUAUAACCGUAUGACAAAGGAUUCCGAGGGUCAAACCAUCAUUGUUUCAGGAGAGAGUGGUGCUGGAAAAACCGAAUCUGCUAAACUCAUUAUGCGCUUCCUUGCUUCUGCGGUCCCUGAGGGUCACACUCCUAAGAAUCGGGCCAAGGCCACGCUCGAAGGCUCCUCGGAAAUGGAACAGCAAAUCUUGGCUACCAACCCUAUCCUCGAAGCCUUUGGUAACGCUAAGACUACGCGAAACGACAAUUCGUCCCGGUUCGGUAAAUACCUCCAGAUUCUAUUCGAUGGGAAGCAAAACAUCGUCGGCGCUCGGAUCCGCACAUACCUGCUCGAACGAUCACGUCUGGUCUACCAACCCGAGAUCGAGCGUAAUUACCACAUCUUCUACCAACUCUGUGCCGGCGCUCCGUUGAAAGAACGUAAAGAUCUCGGACUCGAGACCGACACGAGUAAAUUUGGGUAUCUCAGUGGCGGUGGCCCGCAUUCAACCCCUAUCAACGGCGUGGAUGAUGCCGAGGAAUUCCGUGCCACGCAGGAUGCCCUUUCCACAGUCGGUGUCGCCAUCGACAAGCAGUGGUCCGUUUUCAAGCUUCUUGCUGCCCUUCUGCAUCUUGGAAACAUCAAGAUCACAGCUGGGCGCAGCGAUAGUAAUAUCGACGAUAAUGAGCCGAAUAUGAUCACUGCCUGCAAAUUCCUUGGCAUUAGCCCCGUCGAAUUCAAGAAAUGGACCACAAAGAAGCAAAUCACGACCCGAAGCGAAAAGAUCAUUUCGAGCUUGAACGCAGCGCAAGCGACGGUGGUGCGAGACUCGGUCAGCAAGUUUGUGUACGCUUGUUUGUUCGAGUGGCUCGUGGCAAUUGUCAAUGAGAGUUUGUCCGGGGAGAACGGUGAAGGUGCUCUCAAGGCUGAGAAGUUUAUUGGUGUACUGGAUAUUUAUGGGUUCGAGCAUUUUAAGAAGAAUUCGUUUGAGCAGUUCUGUAUCAAUUAUGCCAAUGAAAAACUCCAACAAGAGUUCAACGCACAUGUAUUCAAACUCGAACAAGAGGAAUACGUCCGGGAGCAAAUCAACUGGACCUUUAUCGACUUUAGUGACAAUCAACCUUGUAUCGAUGUGAUUGAAGGAAAGCUCGGCGUUCUUGCUCUUCUUGACGAAGAAUCCCGCCUCCCUUCCGGAACAGAUCAGUCCUUCUUGACCAAACUUCUUUCCCAGCUCGAUACUCCCAAGAACAAGAACGUUUUCAAAAAGCCCCGUUUCGGAAACUCGGCCUUUACGAUUGCGCACUAUGCCCUGGACGUCACAUACGAGGCCGAGGGCUUCAUCGAGAAGAAUCGUGAUACUGUCCCAGACGAGCACCUGGCUCUACUCGCAGGCACACAAAAUCCAUUCUUCAAGGAAGUCCUCGACGCGGCCCUUGCAUCCAGUCGACAGUCCGAAACUCCUGCUCCGGGCACCCCCACUUUCUCCGACUCUGGCAGCAAUGGGUCUCGCAGGUCCAGUUUGAUUCCCGACCCGGGCCGUUCGUCCUUGCUUCAGGGAGGUGGAGGAGCUAAACGUCCGGGCGCUGUAGCCAAAAAACCGACCCUCGGCUCCAUCUUCAAGGGAAGUUUGAUCAGUCUAAUGGACACGAUCAGCGUCACGAACGUGCACUAUAUCCGAUGCAUCAAGCCAAACGAAGCCAAACGCGCUUGGGAAUUCACUCCUCAGCAAGUCUUGUCGCAGCUCCGUGCUUGCGGUGUACUCGAAACGAUUCGUAUCAGUUGUGCCGGUUAUCCUACUCGAUGGACGUACGAGGAAUUUGCGGAACGUUAUUACAUGCUCGUGCACUCCAAGAACUGGAACGCUCAAACCAAGAUCAAGGACCUGUGUCAUAUGAUUCUUGGAGUUACGAUCAAGGAUGAGGACAAGUACCAAGCUGGUCUGACCAAGAUCUUUUUCCGUGCGGGUAUGCUUGCGUACCUUGAAGCCCAACGAUCCGAAAAGCUCAACUCGCUCGUGACGCUCGUACAAAAGAAUGUUCGCCGGAGGUUGGCAGUCAAGAGGUACAAGGAGCUCAGGCAUGCUACCAUUAGGAUCCAAACCGCGCAGAUUGCAGGCUGCUGCGAGGAGGUUCAUACAACGCAGAUUUUCCUGGACGUUCAUAAUGCUGUUGUCGGACUACAGAGCUAUAUCCGUGGGCAGAAUGUUAGGAAGAAUUUCAAGGAUACCAGGUUGGAUGUCGCUGCGACAAGGUUGCAAAGCUUCUUCCGUGGAAUUUUGUCUCACAUGCGUCGACGAAUGGCUCGCAAGGUUCUUCAGGCUCUCAAGAUUGAAGCUCGUUCAGCCGCCAAGCAGAAAGAAAUCUCCUACCAACUUGAGAACAAGGUCGUUCAGCUCACUCAAUCACUUCAACAGCGCACCAACGAGCGCAAGGCUGCAGAGACCCAAGUACGGGAUCUCGAGCGACAACUCACUGGAUGGCAGAGCAAGCACGAAGAAGCGGAGGCCCGUGCUCGUAAACUCCAAAACGAUAUUCAGACCCUUCAUGUGCCAACCGCCAAGUUUGAAGAGCUACUCAAAUCCAAGGCAGAGGUGGAAUCCAGGCUCGAAGCAGCGUCCGCCAAAGUCGCAGAACAGGAGGCGCAGAUUACGAAACUUAGCGCCGAGGUACAAGCAGCGACCACCAAACUCGAAGCCCGUGCAAACGAAGCAGCGUCGAAUGCGGGAGACCUUGGACAGAUCGCCGCGCUCAAGCAAGAGCUGAGCCAAAUGCGCGACCAGCUCAACCGUGCCAACGCGCUCAACUCGCUCAGCGGUGGAUCACGCAGGCCGGCGGCCGAGCCACCCGUGUCACCCACGUUCCAGACUGGAUUGCUCAAAGAAUACGCGAGUCAGCAGAAUGGGGCUGCCCCUGGAUUGGGUGCGCCCGCGUCCACCAAUGGAAAGAGGCACCAGCGCCGCCAUUCAUCUGCUGGCAAUUACAACGACGCCAGCGUGCGCGAUUCAGUUGACGAACGUAUGAUUGCUAGCAAACGCAGCCAGGCGAACAACCCUCGUGCUGUCUCGGUCGCGUACAAUGGUCUCGACGGGCUUCCUCGUUUCAGGAACGGGUUGGAGGAGAUUUACGACGAUCCUGCCGAAGAGCGCAUCCGAUUGUUGUCUGACCUCGAUCGGCUCGACCAGGAGGUGUAUGAGGGACUUAUCCUUGGCCUCAAGAUUCCUUCACCCACCAAUGCGAAUGCUCCGAGCUUGAAGGAAGUGCUGUUCCCGGCCAACUUGAUCUCGUUGAUCUCGAACGAGAUGUGGAGGUAUGGAAUGAUCAAGGAGAGUGAACGGUUCUUGGCGAAUACCAUGCAGACUGUCCAGGCACAUGUCAUGAGCUUUACCGGCGAAGAUGCGAUUGUCCCGGGUGUAUUCUGGUUGAGCAACGUCCACGAGGUUCUUUCGUUUGUGUGCUGCGCCGAGGCGGAUAUGAUGCAGGGUAUUGGUCCUGCAUCCGAAUCUGCCAACUACGAUUGGGCCGCGUAUCAACAUCUUAUCCAGAUGGUCAAGUCAGAUCUUGAUAGCUUGGAGUACAACAUCUACCAUUCGUGGAUGGUCGAGACCAAGAAGCGACUCAGUAAAAUGAUUAUUCCCGCGCUUAUCGAGACUCAGUCUUUGCCCGGUUUCAUUAUCUCCGAGGGUGCUGGAAGGUUGUUCAACAGGCUCCUGAAUCAAAACACGGCUCCUGCGUACAAUAUGGACGACGUACUCAACUUGCUAAACAAGGUCUUGAAGAGUUUGAAAUGCUUCUUCAUGGAGGAGAGUGUGAUUCAGCAGGUUGUGACCGAGUUAUUGAAAUUGGUUGGUGUGACGAGCUUCAAUGACUUGCUGAUGAGGAGGAACUUCUGUUCGUGGAAGCGGGCGAUGCAAAUCCAAUACAACAUUACGCGUAUCGAAGAGUGGUGCAAGUCACAUGAGAUGCCUGAGGGUACGCUGCAACUAGAACACUUGAUGCAGGCCACCAAGUUGUUGCAGCUUAAGAAGGCGACCCAAGCCGACAUUGACAUCAUCUACGACGUAUGCUGGAUCUUAACCCCAUCCCAAAUCCAACGCAUGUGUGCCAACUACUUCGUCGCAGACUACGAGAACCCUAUUUCUCCCGAGAUCCUCAAGCUCGUAGCACAGCGAGUUCAGCCUAAUGAUAGGACUGACCACCUCUUGCUCACGCCCGAAAACGAGGACGUUGCGCCGUAUGAAUUGCCGCUGCCGCGCGAGGUGGCAGGGCUGGAGCACUAUGUGCCCGCCUACCUUAACGUUCCGCAUAUCCGACGGCUGGCUGCGAUCACGCCUUGA